AUGCUGACUCCCACGCUUGAUAAAGAGAAGAAAAAGAAAGAGAGCAUCUUGGAUCUCUCAAAGUAUAUUGACAAAACCAUUCGAGUAAAAUUCCAAGGUGGUAGGGAAGCUAGCGGAGUUUUGAAAGGAUUCGAUCCUCUUCUAAACCUUGUGCUCGAUGGCACAAUUGAAUAUAUGAGAGAUCCAGAUGACCAAUACAAACUAACAGAGGACACCCGUCAGCUGGGACUUGUGGUUUGCAGAGGAACAUCUGUGGUUCUUAUCUGUCCACAGGAUGGAAUGGAGGCUAUCCCAAACCCUUUCAUUCAGCAGCAGGAUGGCUAAUGUUUUCUUGGGAAUGUCACUGAAGCCUCAAGGAUGCAAAUCAUUGGCGAUAACGAACUGUGCUUGAGAAAUCUUCCCGUUUUGGGGAAUAGAUCGUUUGGUUUUUUAAAUGUUCAUUUUAUAAGAGGGCAGAAGGACCUUGACUUUUUUUUACUUUACUGGUUGCCAAAGGUGGUGGUAAGAAUACGGAAUGACUACAAAAAAAAGCUCUGAUUUUGUUCAAUAAAGAAAAACAUAAUUGCUUUAGUCAGUGUUCAGACUGAAGUCUUAAAUGGUACAGGGAUCCCUUUCUCUAUUUUAGGUUUUCAGUAACUGCUUGGAACCAACAGUACUGGUGGCCAGCAGCUGUGCAUGAAGAUUGGGUCUAAAAGACUAAAUUCCCAAAACCCAGAUUUUUAUAGUAGGGGGACACAAUGGGCGAGGUAACUUCUUUGCCUUCUCACUAACAGAUGUUGGCCCAAUAAAAACUUUCAAGCUUCCCUGGUCAGUUCUUCAGAUCUGUCUUUUCUGCUCUGUUUUCUUUCCUCUAGGCACCAGAGCUGGAAGGAGCAUCUGAGGCUCUGUAAUAGUGAUUUCUUGCCUGCUUGCUCACUCUGAUACUUACAGGGAAAUGAGCUUUUGUGUAUACUGACUUAUCAUUCUUUGCAACCACCAGAGCUAAGAAGGGAACCUACCACUUUCCAGCUCUUGUUCAAAUCUUGUCUUUGGUGGAAUUUGUAAAGUCAGUCUUCCCUAGAGACAUCUGUGUUAAAAGUGGCCUCUUAGUAUCUGAGUUUUGGCCAAGUUAUCUAAAACCUACUGAAGUUACCUGUUUUCUUCCAUAGGGCAGACUGGACUCUGGAGAAAGAACUCUAGUUUUGUCCUUUAUGCUUCUUUUAAAAAUGUAACUUUCUGUUGUAGGCAGUCUCGUACCACUAGGUUACUUUGCACCUUGCACAUGUGUCUGUGAUUUGCUGCUUGUUCAUUUGUAACUGCAGUUCUAGACUUCAUACGCGGCUUAGGGGUAAAGUGCAGAACAAUUGUGAAUAAAUAAAAACUCUUCAGAGGCUGG